AUGCGCAGUCGAUGGGUCGAUUCGCUCAAGCGCGGCAUCUCAUCGUCUCCACGACCAGACGAGCGCUCCCCACGGUCUUCCAGAGUCACGUCCACACCCACACUUCGCUCUACACUCUCAUCUGUAUCGGCGCCAAGUCCUAGCGGGGCUGCAAACCCCGCUUUUGUUCAUGACGACGAUCGUUGUGACUACGUCGGAUCCUGCAGCGUCGCACGUGUGCUGGAGAACUGCGUUUUGCAAGGUGGUGUGCACCACACACAUAUGCAUGUAUUGACGUAUCUCGGACGUCCGUUACGCUUCGAUUGCUGCUGUUAUCCGGUAUCUGUGCAGUGGUUUCGAGCUGUGGGAGAAGAGGACGAUUUCCAAGUGAUUCCAGGUGCUUGUGAUGAGUUUUAUACGCCCACAGCUGAUGAUAUUGGGGCAAGGAUACUGGCAAAAGUGAUGGUAGAAGACGAAGACAGGCUGAAGACCAAGAUGCUUGAGUAUGGACCUAUUAAAGAAGAUCCUGAAGUCAGAAACAAGGUCGAGAUGUAUCUUGAGAGAAAAUCAGUCCUCUUUAUGGGACUAAGAAGUAUCUCAGUACGAGACGGGAGUGAACAUCUUUAUGAGGAAGAACUGAGAGAGAGCUGGACGCUGCUGAUUGAUGAUCGAAGGCUGAGAUUGACAUGUGAAUCGUCGCUUAUUCCGGCGUUCGAGAGUCUGUACACUACCGACAUCAAGCUGGAAAUAGUUUGCGGCACAUCUAACGAGUUUUUUCUUCACCUAGCAGAAAGGUGCUACGUUCGGCUUCGUGUCGAGUCGAAUACGGUGCGAGAUAUCAUUGUGCUCACGCUGCGCGCUUUCUGCAAGAUGGCCGUUCCUGACGAGGCGACCCACGUUGCUGUCGCUCGCGGACUGUCGCCAGUACUGGCUCGAUGCACGAUCGCACAGGAAGAACAAACCGAGAAGCAGCCUUCAGUAGGUGUCAGUGCAAACUUUGGCGGAUUGCUAGGAUUGAGUUGCAUGCUGAGGUUGUACACGCCGUCUAUUGAUUACGACCAACAGACUCAAGAAGCCCCUCUCCCGCCGCCAGCUCCGGUGUACGAUCUACCGUGGAACCAAUCGGUGAGCAACUCUUUUAGCACGGACCAUCCCGAAUCCACUGCUACGAGUACCGUACUAGAAGAGUUGGACGAGCCUUCAGACGCAGGCAGCAUGCGACCGAGUUUGACGAGCAAUAGGCAAUCAAGUUUGGCAAGCAGCGUGGGUGGAGGUUUGGGAGGUGAUGCAUGCCAGUAUGACGACGGCUUGGAUGAUUGUUUGCUGUCGGAUGCUGAAGCUUUGAUCAGCAACGCGCAGAGAAUGGGUAUUCAGUACCAAAUUCUGCCGCGCGCGCCAAGGCAAAUGUCAAUCCUGGAUAUUCCUGAUUUGCAGAUUAUCGAGGCGAUGGAAACCUUCGAUGAUCAGACCCUCCCAGGUAUCGAAAAAGUUCGGCAAGAGGUAGAGAGCCUACGACAGCAGCAGCGAGACCAGUGUCGUCGCCAAGGAAGUAAUGGCAGUGCAGGUAACUGCGACAAGGAAGAACUUCAUGAGAGAGAUGAAAGUAGCAACAACGUUGACGUGGGCGUAGCUGCUCGGAUGCCCGAGAUGAUCGAUGCUAGCUGUAUCGAUAAAGCUAUCGAGGACUUCACGGCAGACACCACGCUCAAAGAGAGUAUGGACGUAGCAGCAUUAAGAGACCGAUACGUUGCAAUUUUUUGCUCGCUGCAGCGCGAGCUGCACACGUACAAGCAGCGCGUCGUGACGUUGUCAAAACAGCUUGAAGAGAAGCAAGAGCUGAACGCGAGCUUCCGUAAGGACGUCGAAUCACUGCAUAGUGCUCUUACAUCAAUGCAGCUCGCUGACAAGGUGUACGACCUCGUAUCUACAGACCUUCAACAGCUCGUAAAGCGCACCCGUAUUGAUAGUAAGUAA